AUGGCAACAACCAAGCUUCUAUUAUCACUCCCUCUCUUCCACCUGCAACUUCUCCCCACCACCACCACCACCACCACCACCACCACCGUCAAAAUCAACCCCUCAUUCAAUUUCCAGCACCGUAAUGGACUCUCCCCACUCCGCUCCUUGGCUAACGAUUUCUUAGGGGAUUUUGGAGCCAGAGACCCUUUCCCAGCUGAGGUUGAAAGUAAAUUCGGAGAUAAAGUUCUAGGUAGUUACAACACGGAACACAAAAUCCUCAUCCCCAAUAUCUCUGCUCUUUCUCUUUCUCAGCAGGAUUGUCUUCCCAUUUCACCUUUACAAUCUCCUCUUUCCGUAGACGAUGCUAACCAGCUUAUAAGAAAGGUUUUGGGUUGGAGACUUGUGAAUGAAGAAGGAGUACUUAAACUUCGAUGUUUGUGGAAAUUGAGAGAUUUUAAAUGCGGAGUCGAACUCAUUAGCAGAAUCUCUAAGGUUGUUGAGAAUACAGGCCAUUUCCCCAAUAUCCACAUAGAACAACCAAGUCAAGUCAGAGCAGAGCUAUGGACAACAUCCAUUGGUGGAUUAAGUAUGAAUGAUUUCAUUGUAGCUGCAAAGAUAGAUGCAAUAAAGACAUCAGAUCUUGUCCCAAGGAAAAGAGUUUGGGCUUAA